GAAAUGCCGUUUGAAUCGGAUUUUCUUUCUCCCCCGCGUUGCCGUUUUCUUCUUUACCAAAAAAUUCUUUUCUUUGACCAUUUACUCUUCCUUUCCCCUCUCUCACUCUUCUAGGGUUCUGCUUCUUAUCUACUCCUCCUAUGCUCAGCCAAUCAAUGGCGGAUUUCACUUCUCCUUCUUCCUCUUCUUCUGCUUCUGCUCCUCCUCCUCCUCUUCCUCCGCCUUGCUCCUUUGAGAAACCAGAAACAUUAUCAGUUGGAUCUUCGUCGUCUUCCGGACCUCCUGACAAUGCUUUGGAGGACGUUUGCAGUAUCUGUCUCGAGCCAUUCACUGCUCAGGAUCCUGUCACUGCUACAAGUUGCAGACAUGAAUAUCAUCUUCAAUGCAUUCUUGAAUGGUCCCAAAGAAGCAAAGAGUGCCCAAUAUGUUGGCAGUUAUUUGUCCUUAAAGAUCCUGCCAGCCAAGAGCUUCUAACUGCUUUAGAGAGUGAAAGGAAUUCUAAGUCAAGGAACAUAUCUCCACAUUUGACUCCAUCUUACAAUGGGGAUUACAAUGGAGAGGUUCCUGCAUACAUAGAUGACUCUGAUUUUGAAGAACGUAUUAUGCAGCAUCUUGCUUCUGCAGCUGCUAGUAGGGCUCAUUAUUUCCGUAGGAGAGAAAGGCAAAGACACUCUGGAUUUGGCCCUUCAGACCCUUUCCAAGAUUUUGUUUUGACUUCUCCUGAAAAUAUGCCUAUUGCACAGCAAAGACAUGCAACUUUGCCAAGGGAUUAUCAAAGUGUAAAUUAUGUCUCAAUCUUGCCUGAUUCGCUAACUUCAGGCAGAGCAUCAGUUAAUUUGGAACCUUCAUCACUCAUCAGCCCCGCAUCAGUUAAUUUGGAACCUUCAUCACCCAUCAGCCCAUCUGCUAAUCUGAGGCCCAGUCCUGCAGUUAUUGGAGAUGAGCCUACCAGAGACAGGUACUUUCAAGAGAUAGAUGAUCAUUCUACAAUAUGCCUAAUAGGCUAAUACUAAGGAUGUGUGAGGCAUUUCUUAUUUAUAUUAAUAAGAGCAUCCUAUCUUCUCCCUGAUUUAUCUCUUCCUUGUCAGCCUUUGUAGUCCAUAUUGAUGUUUUAUGUGUUACAUUCUGAAUCUCACCUUACUUUCCUGAGUUUUCUUUAGAAAACAAGAAACAGAUAGUUCCCAGAGAUCAAGCUCAUCCCAGACAUUUUCUUUCUCUGAAUCUAUUAAAUCCAAAUGGUCUGCUGCUUCAGCCAGAUAUAAGGAAUCUAUCUCAAAAGGUACUCGAGGUCUAAAGGAAAAGCUUCUUGCUCGCAAUAACUCUGUUAGGGAGCUCAGCAAGGAAGUUCAGCGUGAAAUGACUGCAGGGAUUGCUGGUGUCACACGAAUGAUUGAGCGGCUAGACCUUGCUUCUAAGAAGCCUGGUGCUUCAAUUCCUGUUUCCAGUAAUGCUGGAGGGACCUCGAACUUCUUAUCCAAGGGUAAAGGUGUAGAAGAAAAUAGUUUUCCUCAGAAUCGCAGUAAAAACAAUGCAGUAUUUGCACUCUCUGAAAAUUCAGAUGCACCCAUAAAUGCCUCUCCUCCCAUUGCAAACCAUGGUGAAGUUUCUCAGACACAGGGAGGACAUUGAUGCAAUGGACAGUGGCACAGGAUCGGCAACAGUCUUUCUGGAAUAGGGCAUUAGGCAUUAGAUGCAAGUGACGUACAUUCUGGAGAUCAAUCUGCCUAUUGGUCCGCGUCCUGCAUUUGCCUAUAUAUGUUUACAAAAGUGGUAUCAUAACUGGGGGUACCCUCCAUUUUAUGUAUUAUUGGCAGACAUAUUGUUUCAUUUUCACAAUUUCUGAAAGGAUUCAUCUUUAUCUC